AUGGCCUCCAAGUCCAUCGUCGGCGCAAAGCGCGCGCUGGCGCCUCCUUCGCCCUCGCCCUCCAACGCCUCCAACACCUCGCACGGCGGCACCCCGUCCAAGAAGCAGAAGCGCGACGGCGCCAUCGACUUCACCCGCGGGUCCACCCCCACGCCCGCCGCCAUGGCCGCCGCCGUCCAGAACUACGGCGCCGACGACCGCACGCAGAAGGUCUACGCCGUCGAGUUCCUCAAGUCCAAGGGCGCCGCCAAGACCCUCCAGGAGAUCCUCGACCACCUGACGCUCCAGCACCGGCCCGAGGGCUACCAGAAGGCCUUCGCCAAGGGCCUGCAGGACCACAACCAGGUCACCUACAUCUCCAGCCCGCGGGCCAAGGAGGAGAAGGACCGGGGCAUCCCCGCGUGGCGGACGGGCAAGUACGAGUUCCGCGCCAAGAUCCCCGGCGUCAACUCCAAGACGACGCUGCUCGACUACCUGCAGCGCAAGACCGACGCCAGCAAGCUCGAGGUCAAGGACCUCAAGGACGGCUGGCCCGACUGCGACAAGGCCAUCGACGAGCUCGAGCGCACCCACAAGGUGCUCGUCGUCCGCACCCGCAAGGACAACCGCGCCACCCACAUCUGGCUCGACCAGCCCGCCCUCUUCCACCACGUCGACCCCGAGUUCCGCGCCAUGUGGCGCAAGGUCAAGCUGCCCGACGUCGACGACAUGGUGCGCCGCCUGACCGCCGUCGGCCAGAAGCCCACCAGCGACGACCCCCGCCUCAAGACAAAGACCACGGCCACCGAGAAGAAGCAGAAGAAGCGCGUCAACCGCACCAGCAAGAAGCAGACCAACGAGCACAUGAAGCACAUUCUCCAGGACUACAGCCACAUGAAGAGGGGUUGA